AUGGCGAAACACAUAUCUGCCGGGCUGCAGACUCGAAUUAAAUUCUUCAGCGAUCCCGGCUGGACAUGUAAGAGGUGUGGUGAAGGCAAUGACUUUCAGGAACAGUUAUGUAAGAAGUGUGGUCGCAGGAAUGUGGCACACAACAGACUGCAGAAGAGCAUCAAGAGGGCGAAACUGGAUCGCACGACAUGGCACUGCGCAUCGUGCACAUUUAUUAAUCAAGGAACUCAUCGAUUUUGUGAGAUUUGUAACACUCUUCGCAGUGACGAAGUCAACAAGGACCCAACAGGACCUAUCAAAGCAGAUAGUAUGUUUGACGACAAUGCAAAGUGUAACACUAUUGGGCCAGUGAUGAUGGACAACAUAAAUGGCAAGGAACAAGUCAGAAUGAGAGGGAACCAUGGUAACCAUAGAGGUAAUAACGAGACUGAACAGAAGUCACGUCUAAGUAAAUUCUUUGCAUUCAUCACUGGUUCAUCAGAAAAGAUAUCGGAGGAUAAAAGCCGUCAGUCUGAUGGCGAGAAGAAAAAAUCAAAAGGCGGCGUGAUACGAAACAGUAAACUUUUUCAGUUUUUUGUUGGUGAUAACAGCAAGUCUUCAGAUAAAGAGAAGACAAACAAAGAUUCCAAAGAUGUUCCACAAAGUACAUUUUAUUUGGAUGAAAUAACGGAAGAAUUAGGAAGUGAAAGCGAAAAUAAAAAUCAAUCACAUGAGACUUACAUAAGUGAAUGGAAACAAAGCGAGGUUGAUGUGAAAUGGACUGGCAGAAGAACAGACGAUAAAACCCCAAGAGGUAUUGAUUUAGUGGUUAAUAUACCCGAUGAAAAACUGAUGCAAAAGGAAUCAAACAGUUCUGAUUUUCGUUUUAAAGUAAUCGACAGAGUUGGUGAAAAACAUAAACCGGAAGUUCAGAAGUAUUCGGAACCCCGGAAAAUUUCUCCAUCACCUAGACGUAAAGACGGCGCUGGUAUAGAGGAUAAAAAACGUCUGUUCGAGAACAAAUUGGGAGACAGAGAGCAAACACCUCAAGCGAGACCUGCAAAUGAGAAAAAUGUAGAUAAAUCAAAUGUUGUGAAGAAGAGAGAACAAGCGAAAGAGAGAUAUGCGAAAGAUAAAGACGACAAGAAAAUAACUGAGAAAUCAGGAAAUAUUACUAAUCCUUUGCCCCCGAAGCAAAAAGACAAAGACGAGAGGAAAUAUAAAGACAACCAAACGGAAACGUCUAUGGCAGAUAAACAGAAGAAUAGAUGGACGUGUAAAGUGUGUACGUACUUAAAUGACAAUCUCGCACAAAGAUGUCGUAUGUGUGACACGCAAAGACCAAAAAUUGAGGCUAACAGACCCUCAAAACUAAUGAAAAGGCGCAGACUUCGAAGUGGACGUAGUUUGAAAAUAGCAGAUUUACAGAAACAAGAGGAAAAAGAAGCACACAAAAACUGGGUCAACAUCACAUACUUUUGUCGAGAGAAUGGGACAAUGUUCGUGGAUGAACAAUUCCCUCCCAGUGUUGCCUCAUUGUACAACCGACCACCCGUCACCAAUGUUAAUCCAACGUGGCUUCGUUGCCAUGACGUGCGAACAGGAGAAGACAACCAAGACAAGGACGAUUGGGUUGUAUAUCGAGCAAAUCCAUUGCCUGAUGACAUAGGUCAAGGUUGUCUUGGAAACUGCUGGUUUUUGAGUGCUCUAGCAGUGCUUGCCGAGAGAAAAGAACUACUAGAGAGGAUAAUUUUGACUCGAAAGUUCUGUAAGGAGGGGGCUUACCAUGUACGCCUGUGUAAGGACGGGAGGUGGAAAAUUGUGCUUAUAGACGACUUUUUCCCAUGUGAUCAGUACAACCGACUACUGUAUUCCAAGUCCAAACGAAAACAGCUAUGGGUUCCCCUGAUUGAGAAGGCCGCUGCCAAACUCCAUGGUUGUUACCAGGCCCUGGAGUCAGGACGGGCUAUCGAAGCUUUAGCUCUACUGACGGGGGAACCAUGUGAACGCAUACAACUUCAAGAACAGGAUGAUGAUGAUGUAGAAAUAGACGAGAAGAAAAUCUGGACAAAACUCGUUAAGGCUCGUCAGUCGAAGUUCCUAAUGGGGACGUCCUGUGGUAGCCUGAAGAUGAAGCCAAGUGAUCUCCAACACUACGACACUAUGGGACUGAUCCCUAAUCACGCCUACUCACUUCUAGACAUACAGGAUGUGGCAGGGAAUCGACUGGUAAAGAUUCGGAAUCCCUGGGGUACUGUUUCUUGGAAAGGGAACUGGUCUGAUUACUCCUCCAAUUGGUCACAAAUUAGUGAGCGGACGAAAAGAAACAUACAACUGGAUGGAAAUGACAAAGGGAUAUUCUGGAUGUGUCUACCUGAUUUCAUGAGAUAUUUUGACAGUGUUGAGGUGUGUAAAGCCCGUCCGGAUUGGAACGAACUGCGUAUCAAAGGAUCAUUCCCUCCUCACGCAGAUCAGCCUUGGAAAUUUGUCACUCUAAACAUUUACAACAGAACAAAAAUGGACCUGUGUCUAUUCCAAAGGACUGUAAGAGGUGAAGGUUUAACGAAAGAGCCUUUUGUAGACAUGAUCAUUGUGGUGAUGGCGAAUUCUCAAGACAGAGUUCUAUCAAAAGUUAUGUGUAACAGUCGGCGGGCAGCAAAAUCGUUUACCGGGUGUGAGGUGGAGCUGGACCCAGGAACUUACACGGUGGCAUGUCUAGCCUUCAAACACUGGCAAACAGGCGUGCCGAUGUCUUCGUCGCUUCGCAUGGCAACAAUCGAGGCCUUGAACAAGGACUUUGUUCUGACCAUACACAGCUCUGGUACGGUUCAGUCGGAGGAAUUCGACACGUCCAGUCCUUCGUGCACGUUUAAUCUAGCAGAUGUCAUGAUACUGUUAGCCAUUGAGAAGGGAACCAAACAAGAGCUAUCUCCAGGGCUCAAUUUGUACGCGCUGUGGUGGUAUGGUGCAGUGUUUGUGGUAGAAAACACGACGGACGACCAGUACGGACAGGUCAAGUGUGACACGUCUAAUAGUUCGUAUCUAAUCUCCACUCGCGGCAGCUUUGUUACCAUGGACUGUAUACCCCCUAGACACAGACAGGUGCUACAAAUUUUGACCCCUCUUGAACCGGUAACUGGUUGGUCAACCAACAGGUCCAUGCAAUAUCUCAUGUCCCCUUCCUCAGGACUGUACCGAGAAUGGCGAGUACCCGAUGGUGUGUUACAUGUACCAGCUAUAACAGCAGAUGUUGCUGCUCUACACAAUCCUCGACAGUUCUGA